GCGAGCGAGCACGUGUGUGAUCUAGUUCCCCAUUCGCCACCCCCAGCCAACAUGUCCAGCUCCAGACAGGCGGUGCUGCUGGCGGUGUCCGCGGCCCUGGGCGUCGCGCGGGCAGGCUACCUGAGCAGCGGCUACGGCGGCUUCGGUGGUAUCAGCCCCGCCGCCCUCAACUACGCAGCCGCCCCGCUGUCGCCCCUCGCAGCGCCGUACCACGGCUCCGCGUACCACGCCGCCCCUGUCUACGCCGCGGGGCCGGCCGCCUACCACGGACCGGACUACUACGCGCACCCCAAGUACGCCUUCAACUACGGCGUCAACGACCCGCACACCGGCGACCACAAGAGCCAGUGGGAGGAACGCGACGGCGACGUGGUCAAGGGCGAGUACUCCCUGGUGGAGCCCGACGGCAGCAUCCGCACCGUGUCCUACACGGCCGACGGCCACAACGGCUUCAACGCCGUGGUCACCAAGUCGGGCAAGGCGGUGCACCCGCCCCCCGUCCACGCCCACUCCGCGCACGGCGCCGCCCUGCACGUCCCCGUGCCGCUGCCCCUGCAGCACUACGAGGCAGCGUACCCCGCCUACUAGCGCCAGCGACGCUGACGCCGUGCUCUCCAUGUACCCCGUGAAGCACCCAGCCAUGGGACGGACGAGCCCGCGCUGAGCGCAUCCCAUGCCUCCGGCCUGCAAGGCAGAACCACGUCCGGGCCCCGAGCCGGGCCGCCAUGUGAAGAAUCGACUGUCUCUAGACAUUUUCUUGCCCUGCAGACCAGUCAGUGUGUGGGCGUCACGAACUGUCGCUCACUGACCGUCACUAGGAGAGUAGAAACUCCAUAGGCUAAGUAAAUUGUGUACAGUUUUAUAAUGAAAAUAAAAUAGCUCGAAG